UUCUGAUUGGUCAGCGCCUACCAUGCGCACUGCUUCGAGGAAGUCCGACAGUAAAGCACCAAGUUGUUCAAAAUAAGAAGAAACAAACGUCAGAGAAACAGUUCGGAUGGUUUAGUUUACGCCGUGCAGUGAUCGCAGUGUCUGUCUGACUGCAACACUACUGAACACGGCUAAUCGUACUGGGUUCCGAUUAUUGAGUACUGGGUUCCGAUUAUUGAGUACUGGGUUCCGAUUAUUGAGUACUAAGUUCUGAUUAUUGAGUACUGGGUAUUGAGUACUGAGUACUGGGUUCCGAUUAUUGAGUACUGGGUUCCGAUUAUUGAGUACUGGGUUCUGAUUAUUGAGUACUGGGUUCCGAUUAUUGAGUACUGGGUUCUGAGUAUUGAGUACUAAGUUCUGAUUAUUCAGUACUGGGUUCUGAGUAUUGAGUACUGGGUUCCGAGUACUGAGUACUGGGUUCCGAUUAUUUAAUACUGGGUUCCGAUUAUUGAGUACUAAGUUCUGAUUAUUGAGUACUGGGUUCCGAUUAUUGAGUACUGGGUUCCGAUUAUUGAGUACUGGGUUCCGAUUAUUGAGUACUAAGUUCUGAUUAUUGAGUACUGGGUUCUGAUUAUUGAGUACUAAGUUCCGAUUAUUGAGUACUGGGUUCCGAUUAUUGAGUACUGGGUUCCGAUUAUUGAGUACUAAGUUCUGAUUAUUGAGUACUGGGUUCUGAUUAUUGAGUACUGGGUUCUGAUUAUUGAGUACUAAGUUCUGAUUAUUGAGUACUGGGUUCUGAGUAUUGAGUACUGGGUUCUGAGUACUGGGUUCCGAUUAUUGAGUACUGGGUUCCGAUUAUUGAGUACUGGGUUCUGAGUAUUGAAUACUGGGUUCUGAGUAUUGAGUACUGAGUUCUGAUUAUUGAGUACUGAGUUCUGAGUACUGGGUUCCAAAAAUUGAGCACUGGGUUCUGUGUAUUGAGCUCUGAUUAUUGAGUUCUGAGUACUGAUCAGGAUUUGGACUGACCUCGUUCAGGAUGCGAGCUUUCAGACAAGUGGGAGAGAAGCAGCUCCCGAACCCUGUUCUCUUCAUGGCCUGGUCUCCAAAGAGAGAUCUCAUAGCCCUGGCCAACACUGCAGGCGAGCUCCUGCUGCAUCGUCUUGCUAAUUUCCAGCGCGUUUGGAGUUUAGCCCCGAACGAAAACACCGGAAAAGAGAUCACGUCCCUGGCCUGGAGGCCAGAUGGCAAGAUCUUGGCGUUCAGCGUGGGCGACACCAAGCAGGUGAUCCUGUGUGACGCUGAGAAGGCGGAGAUCCUUCACCUGUUUCCUGUCGACUGCCCCGUGUCCUGCAUGCACUGGAUGGAAGUGCAGAGCGACAGCAACUCGUCGUCAGCGUCCAGCGAUUCGGAGGACGAGUCCGGACGUUUUCUACCCAAACUACCGACGCUACCCAAGAGCUACAGCUCGUCAUCCAAGAUAUUCAGUGAAGAGAAAUCUGAUGAGGUCACAAACCUGCUGGGAGAUGUGAGGUUCAACAUCCUGGUGCUGGGCGGGCCGUCUGGUUUUCUGGAGCUCUACGCAUACGGGCUGUAUAAGAUCGCCACGCUCAAAGGAAUCUCUGGAGCCUGCCGUAGUCUCUGUCUGUCCAGUGACUUCAAAUCUCUCUCGGUCAUAACGGAAAUAAGAUCCACGAACAGGAACUCUGAGAUCCAGUACAUCCAGUUGGACACAGGACUGCUGUCCUCUUGUCUCCCAGAGCUAACGAGGAUGGCUCGAAAAUUCACUCACAUCUCCACUCUCAUCCAGUACCUGCGUCUGUCUCUCACCUGUAUGUGCGAGGCCUGGGAGGACAUCCUCAUGCAAAUGGACCUCCGCCUCACCAAAUUCGUCCAGGAAAAGAACACAAGCACUCAGGUACAAGAUGAGUUCUUGGAGCUGUUGCUAUGGGGACAUGCCAGCCCUGAACUGCAAGCUCUUCUCAUGAAUCAGCUGACAGUCAAAGGCUUGAAGAUGUUGGGCCAAUCCAUCGAUUCAUCCUACUCCAGCAUCCAGAAACUGGUUAUCAGUCACUUACAGAGCGGUUCAGAGGCUUUGCUGUAUCAUCUGAGUGAAGUAAAAGGCAUGGCUUUGUGGAAGCAAAAGUUUCAGCCUCUUGGUUUGGACCCUGCAGCUAUAGAAGAUGCCAUCACAGCAGUAGGCUCCUUCACACUAAAGGCUAGUGAACUGUUACAAGUGAUCGAUAAAAGUAUGAAGAAUUUUAAGGCCUUUUUCCGAUGGCUCUUUGUCGCAAUGCUUCGCAUGUCAGAAGAUCACGUCCCAGCAGAACUCAGCAAGGUGACCCAGAAGGACCUGGCGUUUGUAGCGGACUUCCUGUCUGAGCAUUUUAGUGCUAACGAGGAGCUAUUUGAUCGGAAGGGGAAGUACUUCAAUGUGGAACGAGUGGGGCAGUAUCUUAAAGAUGAAGAUGAAGAUUUAGUGUCUCCCCCAAAUAUGGAGGGCAAUCACUGGGUGACCUUUGUUCAGCAGAGCAAACACCUAAAAGAAAGUCCUCUCCUGUUUCCCACCUACCCACAAAAGUCUCUGCACUUCGUGAAGAGGUUGAUGGAGGGCUCCAUUGAUCUCUGUCUGCAAAAACCAGCUGAGGUGAUCGGGAGUUCAGUGAAGCAGGCUGUGUGUUUGCAGCUGUACUCUGUGCCUGAGAGUUCGGAGAACACACCGCGGCUGUUUGAGCUUCCGUCACUGUGGAAUGAUAAAAACGCUGGUAUGCACUAUGUAGUUUUCUGUAUGCCAGAGAUGUCAACUUCCAAAAUCUGUAUUCUGAGGAGGUCAACAGACCCAAACAGAUCUAUCCAAAAUGGCUUAGUGGCUAUCGACCUAAACCCCCCUCUGAACACCAGUGUGGUUGAUGAGACACCUGAGCAUUCUGAUCGCUCAUACAGUUUCCUGGAUGCCCGUCUUUAUGACGACGAGACGUUGACCGUGGUGUUGCAGGCCCAGGAGGACAACGAGAAUAAGCUCCGGCUUCUGGCUCAGCUUCCUCUUGGCCCCGCCCUCAGCUGUGGGGAGGAGUUUAUCUGGGACCCUGAACUCAGCAGGUUGGACCAGCAGAGCGCCGAGAUCCCUGUACGAGGGCUGACGUUGGGAACCAUGAGCCGGGAUCUAGAGAACAUGAAAGCCCAGUUUGUGGCCGUGAAUGGCAUCCGCAAAGUCUCAUGUGUGCUGAGUUCGAACCUGCGUCACGUCCGCGUGUUCGAGAUGGACGUGGAGGACGAGGAGGAGGAAGAGCGAGCCGACGAGUCGCAAGAUAUCAGCUGUGACCAGGAUGGACUGGUGGAAACAUCGACCAAUCAGGGAGCAGAUGGAGGAGAAGAGGAGGCAUGUGAAGAGAUGAAGGACAGGUCAUGGAACAGCUUGGAGCAGACUUCUGCGUCAGAUACACUUUGACAUUUUGUGCCCGAUUUAGACAAACACUUGUAAAUCUACAGUACUUAUAACAAACCAACAUCUGACUUGGUCAUCCACUUUAAGGUCAAAUAAAACAUUUUGUGUAUAUUUGUAAUAAAUGUACAUCUUUACUGAAAUUCUGUGUUCGCUUCUGGGAAUAAAAUGAUGUUUUUGAACAGUG